CAGGUCUCUGGAUGGCAGACUCUGAAAAGAAAUGCAGUUUUAAGAGACACCAAAGAUGCUGACGAGAAAGAUUAAGCUUUGGGACAUCAAUGCCCAUAUAACCUGUCGUCUUUGCAAUGGUUACCUUAUUGAUGCUACCACUGUAACAGAAUGCUUGCAUACAUUCUGCAGGAGUUGCUUGGUAAAGUAUCUGGAGGAAAACAACACCUGUCCCACAUGCAGAAUUGUCAUACACCAGAGCCAUCCGCUACAAUAUAUUGGUCAUGACAGAACGAUGCAAGAUAUUGUUUACAAACUUGUUCCAGGUCUUCAAGAAGCGGAAAUGAGGAAGCAGAGGGAAUUCUACCACAAAUUGGGCAUGGAAGUACCAGGUGACAUCAAAGGGGAAAUGUGCUCGGCCAAGCAACAUUUAGAUUCUCACCGUAAUGGGGAAACAAAAGCAGAUGAGAAUACGAACAAAGAAACGUCAGAAGAGAAGCAGGAAGAAGAUAACGAUUAUCAUAGAAGUGAUGAACAGGUGAGCAUCUGCUUGGAAUGCAACAGCAGCAAAUUACGUGGAUUGAAGAGAAAAUGGAUCCGCUGCUCGGCUCAGGCCACAGUCUUGCAUCUAAAGAAGUUCAUUGCCAAAAAGCGGCAGGAGCUGCCGGGGCUCCUGGAUAUAUUAUGCAAUGAAGAAAUCCUGGGCAAGGACCACACUCUCAAAUUUGUAGUUGUUACAAGAUGGAGAUUUAAGAAAGCACCUCUACUGCUACAUUACAGACCCAAAAUGGACUUGCUGUAAGAACUAUUCUGUCCUUCUGGACGGUUUUUUUUGCAGAGACUAUCAUCAGGCACCUUCUUCUUCUUCUUCUUCGUGCAUCACGCAAUUCACCCGUGAUACAAACCAGCAGAAUCCAUUCCCGAAAACAGUAGCGCUUUCCCAUCCAGCCAUCCUUCUGAAUAUUUCUCCUAGAGAUGCAUUAAACCCGACUUUGUGGACAGGAAAAUAUUUAUACUUUUUUCUACAAAAAA